UUCAUUUGCCGGUACAGAGUCAAUGGAGAAAAGACAAGAUAAUAGAGUAAAGAUCACUCAGCCGAAAUCAAAACCAUUCGCUAAGUUAACGACCUUUUGUCAAGAUGAUCGGAAGAAAAGAAUCGUUGCUCGGACAACGAAACUCUACAAACCUACCCCCAUCAAUAUCGAUGAGCUUAUCGAGAAACGAAUAAGGAGAUUCCGGGAUAACAGUUUCGUUUUUCUAACAUAUGCAUUCUCCAGAAGCAGUGAACGUUUUGGACCGUAUAGUUUUCUAGAGGUACCAUUCAGCAAAGUCGACAAACAUGAAUAUUACACGAUCAGUCGGCAUGGAAUAACGUAUUGGAGCGAUACCGAGAAUAUUUUUAGUCCCCUCGACGAAUGGAUCCAGGACUACUCAAAAUACAAAACGCUCACGAAACUAAACUUCUUCCGAAAUUAUCGCAAGGCAAAGGCGCUUUGUCGGUGGCGUCUGAACAUCAAGCGGACAAAAUAUGAAUCUGCCAGGCAAAGUAUAUCUUCCUGUUUAUUUUUAGUGAUGCCCAGACUCUCCAGAGCGUUGUUAUAUAUGCGGGAGCAAUACGUACAGCUAGUUAAUUUCCGGUUUUUCGACGUCUCGGUGUCUGAAAACUGGCAUUUGCCAUACUUUGUGGAAACCCAGAUGACCACCUACGAACAGGUUCGCGACCUACUGUUCAAAUUGGGCAUGAAAAUGAAGGAAGUGUUGUAUGAUGCGUGUUGCAGUACCCUUGUAGACCGAGGAUACUCCCCCCAAGAUGAGGCCCUGAAUUGCACCAACAAGAAAAUGAUAAAGGAAAUCAUGAGUUUUACCGAGCGAGCAAAUAAGCGCAAACUGUGCGCGCUUUUGGCAAGAUUUCUAGGAUUUGUCGACCAUAUGAUGAUCAAUCUAUUACAUCAAAUUUUGAGGGAAUCUUUUCGCAACUUAUCGAAUGUAUUUAAAGGAUAUAGCCCACAAGAUACGACGCAACAAGAAACAAGAAAACCGUUCAUGAUGAUUGAGUUGCAUUUGGCGCCCACCGAAAUAACCGUAGAUCCUUCGCGGCAGACCACCGUCUCCUUUCUCGAGAAAAUUUGUACGCUGGUUAUGGAAUCCACCCGAAGUAUACAACGAUUUCAGAGUGAUCCGUAUUUCAACCUUUUCACGGAACCAGUAAUAAUGGGUCGUAAGGAGGAUCGCCUGUGCGGAGCUCCACCUAGUUUCAAUUUCAUAAUUGAAAACGAUCUCGAGCUUAUGGAUAAUAUGGCAUCUAUCCAUUCAAAUAUAAACACUGCAUUCGAUACGAUCGACAAGUAUUUAACGCAAUUUGAUACAAUUCGAGAAAACUAUCAGCAGGCACUGUCAUUGAAUCGGGAGGUGAUAAGAGGCGAAACCGAUUUGGACAAGUUGCGUGCCUUUUGUCACCGUUAUAAUGCUGAAAUGGCUGAGCUAGACAUCAUACAGGAAUCGAAUAGUCUUGGUUUGCUUCUGGUCAAACAAUCCACAUUCCGCGAGCAGAUCAUUCCUGUUUGCCAGGACAUUUUAUCAAUUCUGGACGAGAUACUGCCAAAGCUUGCACUGGAAAAAAUCAACUUCGUGGAACAAAAGGGGGAGGAGAUAACCACAAAGCUAUUGAUUGUUCCGGAAGAAACUAGCCACUAUAUCUACUAUUUCAAUUUUCUUGAAAUAUGCCACGAACAUAUUGACAAUCUGGAAAGGGAACUGAAUUAUGCUUACGAAGCACUGAAAAUUAUGAAGAUAUACAAAGUACCGUUCAGAGAUGAAGAUAAGGAUAAGUAUCUCGACAUGGAAGAGUUGGUGACUCAAAUGAAAGAUAUCAUGAACCUAAAACGCUCACAAAAAGUGGAUUUGAUCAAUAAAUUUGACUUGUGUCUUCAAACAGAUAUAGCGAGAAUAUUUUCUGAAGUAGAGGAAAUUAACGAACAGGUACUGAAGGAGUGGCUCUUGGACGUUAAUUCGGACCCAGCACAGAUACGCGAUUGUUUGAUCGAUCUCUCCGAACGCCUUACUUCAUGUCAACGAAAAGCACAGGAAUAUAGGAAAUACCAGAAAGAAUUCCGUUUAGAGGUAACUCGGUUUGAGAAGCUGGAUCAUGUAAUCAAUGAGGUGAAACUACGACAAACACUGUGGGAUAGCGUGCAACAGUGGAAUGAAAGUGUGGAGUUGUGGAGCGAAAUCAAAUUCAAAGACCUAAAUGUGGAAGAAAUAGAGGCUUUGAACACGAAGGUUCUCAAAAAUUGUGCAAUGCUUGACAAGAAUUUGCCUAAAAAUGAAGUUAUACCUAGGCUAAAGCUAGAGGCAGAAGUGUUCAAGGAGAAAAUACCUGUAUUGUCCUACCUAAGAAAUCCGGCUCUGAAGAAUCGACAUUGGAUCAAAAUUGAGCAGAUAUUGAACAGAAAGUUCACUGGAGAAGAUGACAUUUAUUUGCACACAUUCGAAGAUGCAAAUGCGUUUGAGGAAGAUGUUUCGAAUGAAUUAAUGGAGGUAGCAAACAUGGCAAGCGCUGAGGCCGGACUCGAAACAAUUUUGAAUAAAGUUGAAAGUGCUUGGAAAGAUCUGGAGCUAUCCAUAGUUAGCCAUAGAGAUGCACGUGAUGUAUUCAUUCUGGCUGGCACCGACGAUAUACAGACUGUUCUAGAUGAAUCAUGCAUCAAUAUAAGUACGAUUGCUGCUUCCCGUCAUGUUGGUCCCAUCAAAGCGAAGGUGGAUGAAUGGGGUAGGCUAUUGGAUUUAUUUUCGCGCACUUUGGACGAAUGGAUACUUUGUCAGCAAUCGUGGAUAUAUCUGGAGGCGAUAUUUUCAGCGCCAGACAUCCAACGACAACUUCCGCAUGAAACUCAAAUGUUCCUGCAAGUCGACAAGAGCUGGAAGGAUCUUAUGCGACGAACACAGAAAACACCUAUGGCGCUGACUGCUAUGACCGCAGAAGGAGUCCUUGAAAAACUUCAAAUAAACAAUGUACUACUGGAAAAAGUGACCCGCUGUUUGGAAGCAUACCUCGAUGUAAAGCGGAUGGCAUUCCCACGAUUCUACUUUCUUUCGAAUGAUGAAUUGCUGGAAAUUUUAGCGCAAACGAAAAAUCCACAUGCUGUGCAGCCGCACUUACGGAAAUGUUUUGAUGCCAUAGCUAAAAUUGAAUUUGGGAAGAAAAAGAAGGAAACUGGCGAAUCUAUAAUGUCGAAUGAUAUCAUUGCGAUGGUAUCGCCCGAAGGUGAGCGGUUGACCUUCGGUGUUGGCUUGAAAGCACGAGGAGCCGUUGAAGACUGGCUUUCGAAGGUCGAGGAAGCAAUGUUUCUGGCCGUCAAGAGGUAUAUGCGCUUGGGAUACCGUUGCUAUCCAUUGAAGGAUCGCUCGUUCUGGAUGCAGGAGCAUCCGAAUCAAAUCGUACUUACAGUUUCGCAGCAACAAUGGUGCGCUGAUGUACACUCAAUUCUGGAUUCAGAUGGAAACAUUCCGAAAAAGUUGGGAGAAUUCAAGAACAAACUCGUUAAAAAUUUGGCCGUUCUGGCGUCGAUUGCAAGAACAAAUAUAGCGAAGCUCGUUCGUAAGGUCUUGUGCGCUUUAAUAACGAUUGACGUUCACGCAAUGGAUACAAUCUGUCAUCUAAUGGACAAAAAAGUUUCCAAAUCGUCUGACUUCGAAUGGUUGAAGAUGCUACGUUACUAUUGGAUAACGGAGAACGAUACCGUUGAGACGAGGAUGGCGUCGGCGAAUUUACCAUAUUUUUACGAAUACUUAGGGGCCGGUGGUGUUCUAGUCAUUACGCCUCUCACCGACCGUUGUUACCUUUGUUUGAUGGGAGCCCUUCAAAUGGAUCUGGGUGGAGCUCCGGCAGGUCCAGCCGGAACGGGCAAAACGGAAACCACAAAAGAUCUGGCGAAAGCACUCGCAAUACAGUGUGUAGUGUUCAAUUGUUCGGAUGGUCUCGACUACAAAAUGAUGGGCCGAUUUUUCACUGGACUUGCGCAAUCGGGAGCCUGGUGCUGUUUUGAUGAAUUUAAUCGGAUCGAUAUUGAAGUGCUGUCGGUAAUAGCACAGCAAUUGAUCACGAUCCGGAAUGCAAAAGCUAUGAAGAUGAAGAGAUUUAUAUUUGAAGGGCGGGAGAUCAGGUUGAAGCCUUCAUGUGCUGCCUUCAUUACUAUGAAUCCUGGCUAUGCAGGUCGUACUGAGCUUCCGGAUAAUUUGAAAGCAUUGUUUAGACCUAUAUCAAUGAUGGUUCCGGAUUAUGCAUUGAUCGCCGAAGUAAUUUUGUACUCCGAAGGAUUUGAAGCUUCUAAAAUUUUAGCAAAAAAGAUGGUUCAACUCUACAAACUCUGCAGCGAACAACUGAGUCAGCAGGAUCAUUACGAUUUUGGAAUGCGUGCAGUCAAAAGCGUUCUCGUAAUGGCAGGAGCACUCAAACGUGCUUCACCCGAACAGUCAGAGGAUAUAACGUUGAUUUGUGCACUUCGCGAUUCCAACUUGCCGAAAUUUUUGGCCAAUGAUGCUAUUCUCUUCAAGGGGAUUAUGGGUGAUUUGUUUCCAGGAAUUGAUCUCCCUGAGCCAGCGAGAGGUAGCCUGCAAGGGGCUAUCGAAGCCUGUAUGAAUCAGCAGAAUUUACAAAUUGUCCCGGAACUUGUACUGAAGACCCUUCAGUUGUAUGAAACAAUGGUGGUUCGGUGGGGUGUUAUGUUAGUUGGGCCUACUGGAAAUGGCAAGACUAGUGUAUUACAUACGCUUGCACGUGCACUCGAAAAACUGUAUAUUGAUUUUGUAGAAGGUCCACAGUACAAACCAGUAAAUAUACAAACAAUAAAUCCGAAAGCGAUUAGCAUGGAGGAAUUGUAUGGUUAUGUCAAUUUGGCGACAAUGGAAUGGAAAGAUGGUUUACUAGGACUUGCAAUCAGAACGGCAGCCAAUAUCUUAGAUGAAGAACAUCAGUGGGUUGUCUGUGACGGACCAGUUGAUGCUGUGUGGAUCGAAAACCUCAAUACGGUACUGGAUGAUAAUAAAAUGCUUUGUUUGGCCAACUCUGAGCGCAUCAAGCUGAGCAGUUGGGUGCAUAUGAUUUUUGAAGUACAGGAUCUGGCUCAGGCUUCACCGGCAACUGUUUCCCGUUGCGGGAUGGUUUAUUUAGAUCCGCUUCACCUUGGAUGGUCACCCCUUAUAACUUCAUGGUUGAAUACGGUACAGGAAUGUUAUCUGGAUCCGGAUCUCAAGGAGCAUAUUCUAGUUCUGUUUAAGUGUUAUUUCGAAGAAAUGGUCAAAUACAUCAACAAAAAAUGCCGUUGGGGUAUCCACCAGGUUUAUAUCAGCAAGCUAACGAUGAUGACCAAGUUGAUGCUGCUGCUCUUGAAGGAUACACAAAACAUCAAUCUGAUGGAACGAGGAGACGCUAAAAGUUAUGUUUUCAAGUUGUUUGCCUGGUGUGCUGUCUGGUCACUCGCGGGAAAUUUGUUGGACGAAUCAAAAAUAGGAUUUGAAAAAUUCCUCAGAAGUUUGUUCCGGGAAGGAGACGUCGCAUUAUUACCAGAAGGAUCACUAUGGGAUUAUCGAAUCAACACAUCCGCAAAAACUUGGGAGAAUUGGAUCGCCAUCCACCCACAAUUUGAGUACAAUCCGAAUGUGCCAUAUUUCGAUCUCCUAGUGCCAACAUUGGACACAACGAAAUACGGGUAUGUUGCACAAAUGUUGUUCAACGAUCAAAAUCCGGUUAUGUUCACUGGUGACACUGGUGCGGGAAAAUCGGUGUUGGCCCGGGAUAUCCUGAAUAAGCUAAUGAAAAUGGACGUCAUACCAAUAUUUGUGAACUUCUCAGCGCAAUCUGAGAGUAUCCGAACUCAGGAAAUUAUUGAAUCGAGACUCGAGCGUCGGAAGAAAACUUUACUAGGAGCACCAAUAAACAAACGAAUAAUAAUUUUCAUCGACGAUGUAAAUAUGCCAAAACUAGACGUCUACGGAAGCCAGCCGCCAAUCGAAUUGCUUCGUCAGUUCUUGGACUGUAGAGGGGUGUACGAUCGAGAUAAAAUGUACUGGAAGGGUAUCGUUGAUGUAACGUUGGGAGCCGCUUGUGCACCACCGGGUGGCGGCCGUAAUGUGUUAACCCCACGAUUCAUUCGUCAUUUUGCGUUGUUGUCCCUUCCAACGCACAGUAGCGACACAUUGAAAACAAUAUUCAAGGCUAUUCUCACGGGGUUUUUGAGCGAUUUUAGUAUGGCGAUACGGCCAUUAGCAGAUUCUAUGGUUGAAGCUGCGGUUGCAGUCUACGAAAGAAUAUCAGAAGAACUUUUGCCUACCCCCAAAAAGUCCCACUACAUAUUCAACUUACGGGAUCUGUCAAAAUGCAUUCAGGGUAUUCUUCAAUCAGACUCUUCUUCCUACGUCAACCCAAUUCAAAUGCUCCGCUUGUUCUAUCAUGAAUCCCUGAGAAUAUUCUACGAUCGAUUGGUUUGCCAAGAAGACAAGUCGUACUUUAUACAACUGCUACAAGACUGCUGCGAGAAGUAUUUCGAAACCACCGUCGUUCAUCCGGAAGAGAAAGUGUUGUUUGGGGAUUUUAUGGUUUUUGGACAAGCGACGGAAGACCGCAUCUACGAAGAAAUCAAGGAUUCGAAAAAGUUGAAAAAUAUACUCAUUGAUUACUUAGAAGAGUAUAAUUCAAUAGGAGGGAAGGAGAUGAAUUUGAUUUUUUUCACCGAUGCUAUCGAGCACAUCGUUCGGUUAGCCCGUUUGCUACGUUCGGAAAGAGGAAAUGGACUGUUGGUUGGUGUAUCCGGCAUGGGAAAACAAAGUUUAUCCCGAUUGGCCGCGCACAUUAAUGGAUACCAGUGCAGCCAGAUUGCAUUGCGACGAGGAUAUGAUCAUACUAGUUUUCACGAAGAUUUACGAAAAAUUUAUUGGGUUGCAGGAGUAUUAAAUAAACCGAUUGUUUUCCUGAUCACCGAUACACAAAUUGUGAAAGAGGAAUUCAUGGAAGAUAUCAACAAUAUUCUGAAUUCUGGAGAAGUUCCUAAUUUGUUUGAGGGAGACGAAUAUGAGAAGAUAAUCCUGAACGCACGACAAGCUUGCAUUGAAAGUGGUUAUGCCAAUACGACGCGGGAUGGAAUAUUUGAGUAUUUCAUAAAACGCGUCCGCACUAAUUUGCAUGUGAUAAUAUGCAUGAGCCCAGUUGGAGAUAUCUUCAGGCGACGCUGUAGAAUGUUCCCGUCUCUUGUGAACUGUUGCACCAUUGACUGGUAUGUGAAGUGGCCUGCAGAAGCAUUGCUCUCGGUGGCAGUCGGUUCGUUGAAUGACGUUGCCGAGAAUGAAGUACAAUGUAGGCAUUUGGCACAAAUUUGUGUAAUGAUGCAUGAAAGUGUUGAGAAUAUUUCCGAGAGAUUCUACAGAGAAAUGCGUAGACACUACUACACGACGCCGAGUAGUUACCUUCAGCUGUUCAAUCAAUAUCGAACAUUGGUCCAUAAACGUAUAAACACGAUUUCACAGAAGAAAGACAGAAUCGCCAAUGGCUUGAGUAAAAUUCUCGAAACCAAUCAAGUUGUGGUAGAAAUGGGUGAAGAGUUAAAACAGUUCGUUCCCAUUUUGGAGGAGAAGUCGAGGAACAUGAAGGAAUUGUUAGCUAAGCUGGACAAGGAUAAUAGUAUCGCAGAGGGAGUAAAGAGAAGUGUUGCUAAGGAUGAGGCGGAAGCAAAAGUCAAAGCAACUGAAACACAAGAGAUUGCUGAUGAAGCGGCUAAAGACUUGGAAACGGUGAUGCCAACGUUGCAAGCAGCACAAGAUGCGCUCAAAGCGUUAAACAAAAAUGAUAUCAACGAGUUACGAGUGUUCCAAAAACCACCCAAAUUGGUACAAUUUGUUAUGGAAGCUGUACUAAUUUUGUUAGGAGCGAAGACUGAUUGGAACUCCGCAAAAGUUGUUAUGGCGGAUGUAAACUUCUUGAAAAAACUAGAAGAAUACGACAAAGAACAUAUUCCCGAAACUGUACUGAAGAAACUUAAGUCGUAUGUUGACCAUAAGGACUUUCAGCCACCGAUAAUCGAGAAGGUAUCCAAGGUGGCAAAGUCUAUGUGUCUGUGGGUUAUAGCUGUUGAAAGAUAUGCAAAAGUAUACCGCGUUGUCGAGCCUAAGAUAAAAAGGCAAAAAGCUGCUGAAGAUGAAUUGAAUCAGGUGAUGCAGCUGCUGAAAUCCAAACAAAAUGAACUCGCAGAAAUUGAGGCCAAGAUAUUGAUGUUGGUAUCUAACCUCGAAGAGAAGAAACGGGAGAUGAAAGUACUUCAGGACCACAACGAUUUAACUGCUGCUCGCUUGAAUCGCGCUGGUCGUUUGACGUCAGCUUUGGCCGACGAAGAAAUUCGUUGGCGGGACACGGUUAAGGAGCUAACAGCUGAACAGUUUGCUGUUCCUGGAGAUGUUUUGGUAGCGUCCGCCUACGUGGCCUAUCUGGGUGCCUUUCCCAUGGAUUAUCGGCGGGAGCUUUGUAAAAUUUGGGUAGAAGAAUGUCGCAAUUUAAAUAUUCCCAGCAGCGACACCUUCAGCUUGGUGAAAAUUCUUGGGGAUUCUUUCCAAAUAAGACAGUGGAAUAUGUUCGGAUUGCCUAGAGAUGACAUUUCUGUUGAGAAUGCAAUAAUUUCAACGCAAGGUGGAAGAUGGCCUCUGAUGAUUGAUCCUCAAGAGCAAGCAAAUCGCUGGAUACGGAAUAUGGAGGCUAAGAACGAACUCAGGAUUAUAAAACUGACUGACGCUAAUAUGAUGCGAAUACUGGAAAUUUGCAUUAGAAAAGGAACACCGAUGCUCAUUGAAGACAUUUAUGAGUCCUUGGAUCCCGUUUUGGAGUCGGUUCUGCUGAAACGUGUUUUCCUGCAAAAUGGAAGAUUUAUGAUCAAAUUGGGGGAUGUUGACAUAGACUAUGACAGUAAUUUCAGAUUGUAUAUGACCACAAAGCUGGCGAAUCCGCACUUUUUGCCUGAAAUAUGCAUUCAAGUUAGUUUAGUAAACUUCCUGGUUUCCCGCCGAGGACUUGAGGAUCAGCUGCUCGCCGACAUAAUAAAAAUUGAACUGCCAGAGAUGGAAAACCAACGCAGUGAACUGAUUGUUCGUAUUAAUGCAGACAAACAGCAACUGCUGAUCCUAGAGGAUAAGGUCCUUAAAUUGCUGUACAGCUCACAAGGAAACAUUCUGGAUGAUGAAGAACUGGUCGAUGCGCUGAAUGAAUCGAAAGAAACAUCUCUCAUUAUUGCAGAUCGGUUGGUUGAAACGGAAAAAACAGAAAUGACAAUAGCUGCGACCAGAGAGAAAUAUCGGAUCCUUGCCUCGCGUGGAGCUGUGUGUUAUUUUGUAGUGUCGACUUUGGCGGAAAUUGAUCCAAUGUAUCAAUUUAGCUUGAGAUACUUCACACAGGUAUACUGUUCAGUAAUUGCAAGACCUCAUGAAAAGGUGGAACUUCCAGAACGGCUGAGAACCCUUUUAGACGACAUAACAUUUACUGUAUUCUCUAAUAUGGCAAGAGGAUUGCUCGAGAGGCAUAAAGUAAUAUUCGCUUUUCUCUUGACCACUACAAUAUGUAAAGAAACCAAUGAGUUCAAUGAUGAUCAAUUGAACUUUAUAUUGAGAGGUCCUAGUAACAGGAACUUUAGUUUGAACGAAAAACCUGCAUUUGUGUCCGAAAACCAGUGGAUCAACUGUAAAUUUUUGAAACAAAAUUUCGAAAAUUUAUCUGGAUUAACAGAAUGCUUAAGCGAAUUAAUCGUCAUUGAUAUUGGAGAUUACAGAUGCAACCUCUCACCAGCGCCGACACCAACAAAACCAUCUGUGAACUGGAACGAGAAGACUACGGCGCCGGAGAAACUGCUGCUGAUAGCGGCACUUAAAGUAGAGGAUCUUGUAAUUGCCAUCACGGAGUUCAUUCGAUUCAAACUAGGAAAGCAAUUUACAGAGCCACCCCAGAACACGACCUUACCGUCGUUAUAUGAAGAUAUAUCGCAAACAACACCGCUGGUAUUUAUACUAUCGCCGGGAUCUGAUCCCAUGACGGGUCUUAUCAAAUUUGCUCAAGAGCGAGAAUACGGCGAGAAAUUAUUCUCGAUUUCUCUAGGUCAGGGUCAGGGACCUGCAGCGGAAUCGUUGAUAGAACUUGGAGUCAAGAAUGGUUACUGGAUAUUCCUACAAAACUGUCAUCUUGCUACUUCGUGGAUGGAGUCAAUGGAGAAAAUUGUGAACAACAUUGCAUUGGGCCUGAAAACAACUCAUAAUGAUUUUCGUUUGUACUUGUCUUCAAUGCCUGUCAACACGUUUCCAAUAAGCGUACUUCAGAAUUCGGUUAAAGUAACGAAUGAACCACCUAAGGGAUUGCGUGCCAAUUUGAUACGGUCUUUGAAUGACCUCAAUGUUGGGAGUUUUGAGUUGCACGUUCUUGGGCAACGUUGGAGGAACAUGAUAUUCGGGCUUUGUAUGUUUCAUGGUGUUAUUUUAGAGCGACGCAAAUUUGGCCCUUUGGGUUGGAAUAUAACCUACGAAUUUAACGAAAGUGAUAGAGAAUGUGCCUUGCGUACUCUGGACAUAUAUUGUGAUAGAGAGAUACAAUCCCCAAUACCUUGGGCCGCUCUAGAGUACAUAAAUGGGGAGAUAACUUAUGGAGGCAGAGUAACUGAUAGCUGGGACCAAAGAUGUUUGAGAUCCAUAUUGAAAAUAUUUUCUUCAGAAAAUAUACUUUCUACUAGAUACCAAUACAGCGAAAGCGGUAUGUAUUAUUGUCCCGAUGGGCAAACCCUAGAGGUCUACAAAGCAUAUGCGAAUAAUCUGCCAAUCCAUGAUCCACCGGAAAUAUUUGGCAUGCACGAGAAUGCAAACAUAAUAUUUAAUCGAAAUGAGACCCAAUUUUUCGUUAAUACUCUAUUGAAUAGCUUGAGUGGUGGAGAUGCCUUCGGUGAGGCUGCAUUGGCGGCAAUGGACAAGAUAUGUAUGGAGAAAAUUCAAAACAUUAGAGCAGCAAUUGCAAAAAAUAUAAUCACUGAUAAUCCGUAUCCGGAUUUAAUGAAGCGAGAUAACAAAAAUCGUGUUCCUUCGCUAACCACAGUUUUACUACAAGAAAUUGAACGGUUCGACAGGCUGUUGAGUGUCAUUCAUGUUAACCUGAAUGAUUUGGAGAAAGCAAUACAGGGAUUUAUUGUGAUGUCCGAAAGUUUGGAAACUAUCUACCGUUCAUUUACAAAUAACCAAGUUCCUCAAAUAUGGCAUAGCAAAGGAUUUCUCUCCACAAAAACUUUGGGCAGUUGGAUUUUCGAUUUACAACAGCGUAUUGAGUACAUACAAUCCUGGUUCGAUGAUGGAUUGCCUAUUUCUUCCUGGAUUUGUGGCCUAUUCUUCCCACAGUCAUUUCUGACUGGAACGUUGCAAACUUUCUCCAGGAAAAACGAUAUACCAAUUGAUACAUUGAAGUUCGAUUUUGACAUUAUGAGCUGUACACUGAAUCAGCAAGUUAUUUACGAGCGGCAGAUUCGUGGACAAAAGAGUAACUCCCUGUUCGAAGACUUGAAGACACCGGAGAGUGGAAUACUGAUUCAUGGACUGUUCAUAGAAGCCGGCCGUUGGGAUUUGCGAGAAGGAGGCCUAUGUGAUCCAAAAGUCGGUGAGCUUGUGUCCAGGCUCCCAGUUGUUUUGCUCAAGCCGUGUAUUGAUUUGGAAAUUGCGAGACGCUAUGAAGCUCCGUUGUAUAAAACAAGUGUACGUGCAGGUGUCCUGUCUACUACGGGUCAUUCUACGAAUUUUGUUCUAUCAAUUCUAUUACCUUCUAUGAAGCCUGCCGAUUUCUGGAUACUACGAGGAACGGCUCUUAUAACUAUGAUCGCUGAUUAAAAUACGUACCGUCUCAUUGUUUUAGAUCAAGAAGUGCAUCGAUAUUUGCUUCAACUUCUUUCACUGCUUUCACAGCAUGGGCGGUGCUGGUAAUUACUUCGUGGACCAUCACGUUUUGGAUUGUUCUAAGU